AUGCUCCGCGUCUUGCUUCUAGGUGUGCUAGCUCCUGCUGGCCUGGGGUUCCCUGCGCCCCCGGGGCCGCAACCCCACAACAGCCAGUGCAUUGAGCACGACUGCUUCGCGCUCUUCCGGGGCCAAACGGUAUUUUAUGCUGCCAACCAGACUUGCGAGCGCCUGCAAGGACACCUGAUGACCGUCCGCUCUUCAGUGUCUGCUGAUGUUAUCUCCCUGUUGCUCAGCGGGGAUGGUGGAGACGGCUCGUUCCUUUGGAUUGGCCUGGAGUUGCCUCCUGGCUGCCAUGACCCUAGACUUUUCGGGCCCUUGCGUGGCUUCCAAUGGGUUACUGGAGAUAAUCGCACCAGCUACAGCAGGUGGGCGAAGCCCCACAGUGCUGGGGAGUCCCUCUGCAGCCCUCUGUGCGUAGGGGUUUCUGCGGCCGGGACCACUGCGCCGGGAGAGCUGGUCUGGAAAGAGCAGCCGUGCUCCUCCGUAGCUCAGGGCUUUCUCUGCGAGUUCCACUUCUCAGCCUCCUGUAGGCCCUUGGCGGUGGAGCCUGGAGGUAGAGUGGCCGCCAACAUCUCUUACACCUACAGCACCCCCUUCGGCGCCCGCGGCAUGGACUUCCAGACGCUGCCGGUGGGCAGUUCUGCUUCCGUGGCCGCCCUUGGUGCGGAGCUGGUGUGCUCAGAGUCUCCUCCUGGGACAGCCGAGGCGCGCUGGGACCGGGUGGCUCCAGGCGCUUGGGACUGCGCGGUGGAAAACGGAGGCUGUGAGCACGAAUGUGAAGGGGACGCUGGCCUGCCGCGCUGCCUGUGCCCGGCCGAGAGGGCUCUGCAGGCCGACGGGCGCUCCUGCGAGGCCCACUCUUGCAACAGCCUCUGCGACCACUUCUGUGUCCUCCGGGACAGCGACGCGACGGACGGCGCCUACACGUGUAUGUGCGAGACAGGUUUCCAGCUAGCAGCCGAUCAGCACACGUGCGAGGACGUGGACGACUGUAUGCUGGUGCCCAGUCCGUGCCCGCAGCUCUGCGUCAACAAGCUGGGCGGCUUCGAUUGCCAUUGCCACCCUGGCUACGAGUUGGUGGACGGUGAAUGUGUGGAGCUCCCCGACCCGUGCUUUGGCACUAACUGUGAGUACCAGUGUGAGCAGGUGGGCAGGGAUGGCUACCGCUGCGUCUGUGCUGAGGGCUUCGCCCCUAGCCCCAAGGACCCGCACCGGUGUCAGCUGUUCUGCAACCAGACUUCGUGCCCCGCCGACUGUGAUCCCCACUUUCCUGAAAGCUGUCAUUGCCCCGAUGGCUACAUCCUAGACGAAGGUUCCGUGUGUGCAGACAUUGAUGAAUGCAGCAACAACGACUGCCCCGGCCUCUGCCGCAACCUCCCAGGUAGCUAUGAGUGCAUCUGUGGGCCCGACUCUGCCUUUGCUGGCCAGACUGGCACCGACUGUGACUCCUUCAGCGACAAGGACGACGACGUUGGCUCUGGAGAAGGCCCAGCCAGCCCGACGCCCAGCCCCACCACAGAACCUCAGUCCUUGGGGCCUGUGCAUUCUGGGGUUCUGAUUGGCAUCUCCAUUGCUAGCUUGUCCCUGCUUGUGGCGCUUUUGGCGCUGCUCUGCCACCUGAGUAAGAAGCAGGGCUCCAUGCAAACCGAGCUCGAGUACAAGUGUGCUACCCCCACCAAGGAGGUGAUGCUAAAGCGCGUUCGCACAGAGCCCAUACUUCAGAAACUCUAA